AUGUCGUCAAUAACCCGGCAGCUGCUAGCUUUACUGGUGGCCUGCUGGCCUCUGACAGGCCUCACGGGACAGCAGUACAGGCCAAAGCCUGACCUACAGGCCUUCUCAGUUCUCGACCUCAAGGAGAGCAAGAGUUCACGGUACGACCCGUCACCAUCUGACCUGGACAUUGGUCGACUCACGAUGAAACUGGGGAGGUUUAUGGACACGGAAUAUAUGAGUAUCGACAAGCCACGAAGUCUGAGGAGAGGAGACAACGUCACAUCGUGGCAUCUGCCCUUCAAGGUGCGGAAAAACGGUCACAUACGUACCGUCGGCCGCAUCCCAGCCAACCUGCGCCGUCUUCGACUGGACGUGCUCACUCUCCCGGACGGCAGCCGGCAGAAACUCCGCCUCUCACAUCGACUCCGGCGCAAGAUGCUCAAAUAUCUCCACGCGUACACACACUGCGCCGUUCGCCACCGGUGGAAGGACCUCGGGCUGCGCUUCUGGCCCCGCUGGCUUCGCACCGGAGAAUGCGACACGAAGCGCUCGUGCUCGAUUCCGGCUGGGAUGACUUGCCAGCCUGCACGCAGUCGCCAUCUAACGCUGCUGCGUUGGCACUGUCAGGAUUGGAGGCGAGUGAAACACUGUAAAUGGCUUCGCGUCAGGUAUCCAGUUGUCAGCAAGUGCGAGUGUACCUGUCCACGGCGAUAGGUGGCGCUGCGAGCGGGCGCUAAACUGGACAGGUGGCGCUGUCAGCGCUGUAUAAGCUCUCGGUGUCUGAUGCUAUGCUAAACGGAGAGCUUGGGUGCGUCUUCUCAAACAUUCUCGUGAGUAAAGCAGCAAACAAGAUGAACUGCUUAGCACCCGAGUCCCGCAUCACAAACAUCGAAAUGAACGAUCAACGUAGAAGCCCAGCCCACGAAGAACUCUAGUCAUGCGUUUGUUGCACGCACCUCGGCGCCUGCUGCUUCGAAACUGGCGAGGAGCAUAUAGCAUGCGUUUAGCAUGUGAAACAUAACUCUAAUCUGACGCUAAUGCGUUGAAUGUUGUUGAACGCGCUCGAGAUAUGGACCGAAAACGAGUAUCGAGUGCACACCGAUGACCGUUCUACCGAAUUUUUUGAUACGGUAUCUUGUAUUUAUUACGUCAUAUUCAUUCAAUGGUAGAUCGACUUUAUAUUUAUUCGCCUUUCUUACAGCUGCUUUUCACGGUUUUGUACUGUUAGUUAACUUCAUCAUAAUUACGAAUCUCUUACACAUGCAUCUAGCGCUCAGUGUUUUGCCCUCAUUUACUAAUCUGACUUGUGUUCGUCCCAUUAUUACAUUUGGUUCAGUUUCGGUAUGUAUGAAACUGUUUGUGCUUUGCUGAACAUUUCGUUUCAUCGACUACGUGUGCUAUUACGUUUGACUCGGUGUAACCGCGUGUGUGAUCUUCAGUGGCAUUGCGAGUGUUCCCAAGAAUGAGUGUGCCGACGUUCAAGCUCGGAAUGUCAAUAAGUAGGUAUGUUUUGAUAAGAAUACGACAAUGUCGCCCUUAAUUAAGUUAGCAAAUAGUGCCAAUAGUGUAGUGACUGAUUUGCCCUGGUGCCAUUGCGAUUUUAUGCAUUUAAAAUGAAAAUUUAAUUGGGUAUCAUAAUUGCGAUUCUUUGUGUCUGCAUUUCACCUCAGAGAACGUUCAAAUUGCAGCUUACGUAUCACUUGUGCUGGUACAGGGUACUUGUGGUAUGUUACUGGUACCUGUGCUUAUACUUGUACUUGUAGUGGUACAGCGUGCAUGCAUGGCCGUUUUGAGUGUUGCCCUGGCAGCUGCUCGAUGAACAAGAAGAUAUGGCAGCCCGAAAAGUGACGUCACUGUGCGGCUGCCACUGGCUGUCUCGUUGCCUGCAUCAUUUGUGAGCUGACGGUUCACAGUAUGUAUUAUAUUCCUCACGUAAGGACCCAAGGCGCUGAUGUGUCAUGUUGCAGGAUAAUGUCAUAAAAUAUACUAGUUCAUCGCUCGUAAAA